AUGAGACUUAGUUCAUUGAUCGUCCCCCUUCUCGCCUCAGGCACUGCUUUGGCAAAGGAUGAAGAUUACUACACUCAAGUGUAUCGAUUGACCGCCCAUAGUGCCAAUGAUUACAAGCCCUUCGCAAAGGCUACCAAUGAAGAAGCAAUUCUAUACUUUGCCGAGUUGUUUGGCGUCUCAGACUAUUAUAAGAUCGGAGAAAAUGACGAAUCUAGCGAAUUCCUUGCAGAACAAUUCAAUUCGUACGAUGCUGUAGACACUGAUAAGUCCAAGUUGAUUGCUAUUGUUCACGGACUUGCUCAGCCAGUAAACGACUUCUCUGGCUUAAGUCCACAAUUCGGCAUUUCAAAUAAUGAUGACGAUAACGAAAAGUUGGUCCAUCAUCUCUUCCACAAGUUCCCAAAGCAGUUCUCCGCCUUGAAUAAGGAUGAAGUUGAGGUUGUUACUUUAACUAAUGAGAUGAAGUUUAUUUCUUCAAUCUCUGAAGCUAACGACGAUGGUUCAGACCUUAUUAACCACUUCAAGUUCUUCAAUGCCAAAUUGGUGAGCAUUUGGAGAACAUUCAAGUCUCAAUUUGCCUAUGGAAGACAACAAGUUGAGGGUGAUGAAGUUCGCAACCCAUCAACCUUGAAUUUGAUUAACGAUAAGAUGUUCAUCAAUGAAUUGUCCCAAUUAGUUCAUUUAAGGAAGACUAAAUUGUCUCAAGGGCAAGAUGAAACUUUAGUGUUGAACUUGAAGUCAUUAUUAUCAUUAGGGAACAAGAUCAGUAUGGAUUCCCACACAUUCCAAUUCUCGACUAAAGUACUCGUUGAUUACUUGGUUGAAUUAAGUGAAGUUUAUGAUGUUAGUGUGAUUGCCAUUGCAAACCCAAAACAAUUACCUUCUUACGCUAAGGAUGAAUUAAACAAGAGAUCUAGAGAAUUGGAUUCAGUUUUCGCAGAAGCCAAAUAUGGUAAGAGAUCCAAUUCUGGAUCAUCCUCUGGUUCUGUUUGCUACUCUUCUGAAGCAGAUUGCCAAGGGUCUACCUCAGACUGUAGCUCCCACGGUGUCUGCACUAAACUCUCCUCAUCCUGUUGGUCAUGUGUCUGUGCCCCUACUUUCAACAAAGAGAAGGGUAAAACAACUAGAUGGACCGGCUUCGACUGCCACAAGAAGGAAAUAUCAUCAGAAGCUAAUUUAUUGUUCUGGACUGGGUUAUCCUUAGUCGUAUUGAUUGUCGGAGGGGUUAAGUUGUUGUAUUCCAUCGGGUUAGAGCCAUUACCAGGUGUGUUAGACGCUGCCACAACCGCCAAGAAAGCUACGUAG